AUGCGAGCGUUACACGCCGAUGAUACAAGCAGUUAUCGACAUGUCGAGAGUGAACUUUUUGGAGCAGAUUUGUUAUUGGAUGCUUGUGUUCUUGAUUCUUUCGUUCCACGAACAAAAGAGACCCCAUAUCGCUACGUGGGACUCAAACAUGUCAAGUAUCAGUCUAUGCUCGAUGAACGACACGCUGAAGAGUUUUUACUUAUGGAGACUGUUGGAAGAGGGGUGCAUCCGGUAUCGAGCAGCAACUUUGUUUUUAAAAUGUUGCGGUCCGUGGAUGUCCCGGAAAAGGAAUUUGAAAUGAGAAACGCCAAUAGUCACCAUGCUCAGUUACAGGUACAUCGUGGUGCCAUCCGCGCCAUGCUCUUGGUACUGGCUGAGACCAGUCAUCGAGGGAUCCUCAAGAUGCAACUGUGGCUGGAUGUCGAGCUGACCAAGUGUGCCGAACCUUUUUACGGCGCGUUUUCGAGUUUGCACGACGCCUACAGCUUGUCGAUCCGAUAUCGACAGCUGGUCGAGAACUACGCUGUGAAGAGUGGAGAUAGUGUCGUCACGUCGUCCAAUAAGACGUCUCGGCUCGGCCCCAUCGCGUCGCGGUCCAACCGUGAACGCAAGUGUCAAACUUGUCAGCGAUCUCUCGGGUUCUUCGCCAGGAAGAAAAACCACUUGUGUAAUGUGUGUGGUAUUUUCGUGUGUUCUUCGUGUUUGUCUACGACGUCGUUCCAAAGCUGGAAGCUGUGUGGUCUUUGUUAUCAGCGUAACAAGUGUCUUGUGAACCGAACUCGAGUGUCCAAGAUGGCUUCGAUCGCAUCAGGUAUCGGAGACACCUUCCAAUACAUCACUCGGAUCGGACGUAGCUACAGCAGACAGCGUGAAUCGAUUUUGUUUGCCACGGCAGAAGCUGCUGGUGAACUGCCGCUGGACCCGAUGCAGGACACCAAGCAGCGGCCUAAUGAAUGCUAUUCCCGAGAAACAGCCAGGCGACGUCGCAUCGAUGAUGAGAUUCUAUUUGACUACGACACCAAACCUCUGGCUAGUAGUGUCGUUGGCGUUCGUCGCGCUGUGCAUGGCAAUGCAAACAUGGAUCCGCGUCCGCAGACUGUGGACGUCGGCAGAUCACAGCCAGUUCAAAAAGACCUGAGCACGAGCCAGGGCCCUGGCGGACGGAUUAAAAGCUUGAAGCAAUCGCUACUCCAGAAGGCCGGCAAGGGAUCUUACGACCCUCACGAAGACAUGAGCAGAGAGCUCAGUGCCUCGUUGUUUGACGGUACGAGCGGCUCAUUUCGAACAAGUGAGCUGGGUAGUAGCCACGUCCAGAUCAGCAGGAGUAGUAGCAUUUCCGAACCGACUUUUGAGUCUGUGGUGUCUUCGGACAACAAGGUGAAGAGCCAAAGUAUUAGUAGUAACAGUACCACGAGCUCUGCUAGCGGGGAGCGCCAGGACAGUCCGACUCCCGAGCCUGACAUACAGCGGGUUGGCCCGCAACGCGUUCCUGCUCCUACUGCAACUCCGUCAAAGCUGGUUGAGCAGUCUCACCAAAGUAACUACCCUCCCCGCCGCACCAACCCAAUGCACCUCGUGCACAGCGGCAACGGUCGAUCACGUGUUAGCGACUCUUCUCGCAGUAGCAGCUCUUCAUUUUCUCGUCGCAGUUCUUCUUCAUCAUCUUCUCGGCGUACGUUCCAGGGGUGGGCUACAGCAUCUGCCGGUCCGCGUUUGACGUCUUUGAAGAAUACUAGAAAAGGGAAGUAUGCGGACGAGCACGACAACCAUGUACCGUCCGCUUGGCGCGCGACGACCGGUUCUCCCAUUAAAAAAGGCCGCAAGACGUCAAACCUGGCCGUCUUUGAUCAUCAGCCGCAGGAUGGCCGUCUAAGCGCCUAG